AUGCCUUCGCCUGAGGUGUCCAAACGACGUGAAUUUUUCUUUCUGCCGUCUCGGCGCGCUACGAUAAGCGCCCAGCCCUUCGACUUGUCACCUUUGUCGCUUUUUAAGGAAGCAUCGCUGCGCGCUGCAAGCUCCGCAUCGCCAACUUGGCUUCUACAAGAAUUCGAGGCGCGGUUAGGCGUCAAGUUCGGCCUCUUCAAGAACAUCAUCGUGGUUGUCUAUGCAUAUGGCUACCGUGGUAAUACUCUGGCUGGGACUACUCGUCCUUUGGGGUUAAUCUCCGUUCUGGCUGAGCAAGAAAUUCUUCGGCUCCUGGAACUCUAUCGCGCCUGUGAAACACCUGUGACGGCAGAGACUUUAUCACAGUUUCUUAACCAAUUUGUCACGGGGAGGAUUAUCAGUGUACGCUCGUGUGCCAGCUUCCUGAACAAGGCUGGUCGCCUGCUAGGCUCCCUCAAGGAGCUCCCAGUUGGCCCAAGCCAAACUACGCGGUACUACGCUGCGUUAUAUACCUGGGUCUUUGACACUUAUGAAGUGGCUGAACUAAGUGUGGCUCGCAUCCGCAAGGUACUAGCCCAGUAUCCAGUUCCUGAUUUACCCCUUAAUCGCCUAGGUGUUAAAGGUGGACCUCCCAAGUCAAUGUGGACACGGGAUAUCAAGAUGGGACGCCUCUUUGUGAUGCUUCACAUUGUACGGACUGUGGUUCUUCGCUGUUUAUGGAUGCACCGGAACGACAUCCGCUUCCAUGAGCUCUCAGUCGACCUUAUCGACGUACAAGCACAAGUCAAGGCGGUAGUGACACUCCACGUUGAGCGCUACUAUCAAGAUCUUCUGCUUAAAACGCUGAAUCAUUCUGGGUUUCAACGUCGGCACUUGCGGGACUUAGUGGGCAGUCAUGGACUCACCCUCGUACUCCCAGCAGAAACCGAUACUGAAGACCCCAACUAG